AUGCGUCUUGGACCCUUAGACCGUCGACUUGAGCGUUCAAGAUGUCUGAGAUGUGCGAAAAGCCAUUUGAAGUGUUCUGGUGGCACACCAUGCACUGGUUGUUCCAAGCGGAAUCAGAAAUGCGUAUAUCCUGCAAAGACGACGACAAUUGCAAAAUUCCAACUCGUCAAUCGACAUACUAUCCAGAAUAGUGCCUUGGCUCGCUCGAAGAUACCACAAAAGCCGAGCCUGGAGCAUAGUAACAACGUCUUGAACAUCUUUUUGACCAGGUUUGUGGGCGAAAACAGUUUUACUGGUUGCUCCUCGACAUGGUUUGCAGAUAUCCAGACAUACUUCGCUUCGGACAAAGCUGUGCAUCAUGCACUGAAGGCAUUGAGCCAGUUGUAUGCUUAUCGUGAGAGCAAUUCAGAUCAGACACGGAACAAGAGACUGGCCUUGGAAUCUUACCAGACUGCGGUACUCUCGGUGAGGCAAGUCGUCGAUGCAGAGCAUGCAAAGAUUCCACAAUCACUGGUGUCGAGUACAUUCCUGCUCGGAUUGUUUGAGCUAAUGUAUGAUCCUACUGGAGAAGGCUGGAUCAAGCAUACGAUGUUUGGAACCUCUAGGAUACUCCAGCAUCUGGGACCAGAAGCAUUCCGCUCAGGUCUGGGGCUAAGCUUCUUCAAUCAGAUGAGAAUGUUCGAAGUUUCACGCUCUCUGCUCUUUUCGGAAUCAUCCUUUCUCGUUCAAAGUCCUUGGAUGAACCUGAUGGAUACCGAUAUUAAUACGGUAAAUGAUGUUCAUCCUAUGAACGAUCUGCUCAACCUGAUGAUCAAAUGCUCAGAUCAUUGUGCGAGAGCGUUGUCAUAUCUGGAAGGCGUAGACAAGAGCAGCUUAUCACUUCAUGAAGUACAGCAUCUACGAGGUUUGGCCGUGGAGGGAUUCGAUCUGAGGCUUUCUCUGUGUGAGAUGGACACUCGCCUCUCGACACUGAACAAGCAAGUCGCCAAAGACAACCGUACCACCAUUGCGAAGAUAUACCUGGCGGCGACCUCAAUCUUCUUAUCUGGGGUCUACGACUACAGGUCUAUCUGGUUGGAAACCAUCGAAGCCACACCAGCACUCUCACAUGUCUUCGUUGAACAACACGUAAACACGAUGCUCGACUUGACAGAAUAUGCCAUGCAGGAAACAAAUCUGUCCAAACUCUUGUUUCUCUAUCCACUCAGAGUCGCUUGCUCAAGAGUAUGGACGUGUGAGCCAAAAGAUCGUCUCAGAAGUCUGUUUGGCACGAUCCGAAAAUCAUUCGCUGUUGCGCAUGUAUUUGUGGCUGAAAUUGAGGAGCUUUGGGAAACACCAAUGUCUGAUCGUUCUGAUUGA